GCCGUCGAUCGCCGCUCUGUUUCGAUUCGAUCCGAUCCGCUCGCUCAUUCUCGGGGUCGGUCUGAUCGUCGUCGUCGUCGUCGUCGUCUUUUAGUUUUUUGGGAAAAAUGUGAGGCAGUGGCAAGCCGGCAAUCGUCAGUCAAUCAUUAGACCGCUGCCCAAAAAUGUUUCAAUUAUGUUAUCGGCAACCACAAGAAGAGCUACAACAACAAUUACAGCAACACCAGAGGCAGCAGCAACUGAAUCUUCGAGAGCAAUUAAACGUCAGCAGCAGCAGCAACCACAGAGCCGCAUUGGCCGUGUCCGAAGGAGCCGAGGCGGAAGAAGCGUAGGCCAGAGCAGGCAAAGCAGUGGAAGAGGAAUAGGCAGCCAAUCAUCCAUCCAAGGAACCACAACCGAAACCAAAAUCAAAACCAGAACCAGAACCAAAUUAAUACGUAACCAAGAGCAAUUUAGCAUAGCAACCGCCACAGGAACACGUCCCGGGUGCCACGUUCAGAGGGUCUAAGGCAGAAGCAGAGCAGAGGAAAAGUCAGAAGCAGGACUUCGACAUGGGCUGCUCGCCAAGCACACUCCCCAAUUCCGCCUCCGCCUCCGCCAACGCCAACACCAACGCUGGCCCCACUGCAGCCAAUUCCGUCCCCCUCUCCCUCGACGCCACUGAAAAGGAUGGCAGCCGUCUGUUCUGCAUCAAGCUGCGGCGCAGCCGUCUUCGCCGCUGCAGCUGCGGCGGAGUCGCCCUCCAGCAGGGUGACGGCAACGUCAACGGCAGCACUGCGGGCAGUGCAACCUGCGGCAGUGGGACGGGCGAUAAUCUGUGCCACCAGGUGCUCCUGAAUCCGCUUCAGGCCAAGAACGAGGCUGACUACGAAAAGCUAAGCACUGGAAAAAAGGACUCGAUUGUGACGGUGGCAGCAUUGGGCAACUUCACCCACAGUGUGGUGCGACGUGCCACAGGCAGCACCGGCACUGGCACAUCGGGCACCAGUUCAUCCGGUGGCGGCGGUAACAAUCGGCCAGGUCAUCGAAAGUCAUCGCUCGCCCUCGCCCUCACCCCCGAGGAUGACCCAAUGGAUGUGUAUCAGCGAAAUCUCAUGGACUUGAAAUAUCCAACCGUGCUACCACCGAAUCCUCAACUUAAGGCUCUUUUAGUUUUCCACAAAUCGGAUAGCAUCUGUGAGGCGGUCGCCUCCGCCUGCCAGCGCCACCAGCUGGACGUAACGCUGGUCAAGUCGAAGGAGGAGGCCCUGGACACGCUCCAGAAGUCGUAUGCCACCGCCCAAUGCUACCAUCUAAUCAUAAUUGAUGCGCGCUCCUCGAAAAAUCUAGAUGCCGAGCAUAUUGCAAGAACAAUACGUCAUACACAUGGACACCAUUUAACGACAAUAAUUGCCGUCUGCAAGAAGAGUUUCUUCGAAAAGGAUGAUGUGCUAAUUGCUCUAUUGGACGCUGGCGUUAAUAGAUGCGUAGCCGAGACGACAAACCUGGCCAUGUGCAGUGUGGAGCUGAAGCAAAUACUGCACUCGAUCAUACGGCCCCACAAUGUCAUGUCCACUCAACAGGCACUCUACACGGCACUGCAUCGGCUGAAGGAGGUGGUCCUUAUCACGGACGACGUGCUGCGAAUACAGUACGCGAACCGUGCCACGGAACGUCUCCUCAACAUGCGGCUGGAUGAAAUCAUUAGCAAGCCACUGGCGGACAUUUUCGUGUCCGACCUGUCCACCAUCAGCGAGCAGGGCAAGAGCAUCAAAGAGUUCGAUGGGAUACUGACAGUGCGACGCAAGAACCAGGAGGGCAUCCCCAUGCAUGUUCGCGUCGUCCCAGUGGCCUGCAUCGGGAGUGCGCCCACUCACUUGAUUUUCAACUUUGAUGUGCCCGGCGGACAGAUGGACUUCAUAGCCACCCUGCCGCAGCCAAAGGAGGCGCCGCGCGGCUCCCUACACUCGGUGCGGCGCUGCAGCUUCGAUGUGCGGUCCAUUGCCUCGGACGGAUUGCGGAGGACCAGCCUGGCCAAGCUCACAUCCCUGCCGCUGGAGGCCCCAAUCACUAAAAUAAUUAAUUUACUAUCACAAGUACAGGAGAAUUGUUCGGCCGACGAGGCGCGGCUCAUAGACAAGGUCUUGGAGUUCCUGAAGCGCGAGGGACUCUACAGUCCACAAAUGAAGGAGAUACGAACAGAUGAUCCCAUAGCCACCGAUCUAAUUGGUGCCCUAUUAACGGGACCGAGCGUUUACUCCUCGCGGCGAAGCUCGAAUGACUCCAUCAUACGCACAGGCAGUUCUACCCGAACUGCCACCAUCGUGCCCGCCAAGAUGAAGGCCAAUCCCAUAAUAAUGGAACUACUUGAAGAAUCUCUCAGCUGGGACUUUGAUAUUUUCAAAUUGGAAGAGAUCACCGACUACCAUCCGCUGCUCUACCUGGGUAUGGAAAUGUUCCGCCGUUUCGACGUCUUCGCCACUCUGAACAUUGAGGAAAAUGUGUGCAAGGCCUGGCUGGCAGUCAUAGAGGCCCACUACCACAAAUCGAACACCUAUCACAAUAGCACACAUGCCGCCGAUGUCAUGCAGGCCACUGGGGCGUUUAUCACGCAGCUGACCAACAAGGACAUGAUGGUCAUGGAUCGCAUGGAGGAGGCCAUGGCUCUGAUUGCGGCUGCUGCCCACGAUAUCGAUCAUCCUGGUCGCUCCUCGGCCUUUCUGUGUAACUCAAACAGCGCUCUGGCCAUACUGUACAAUGAUCUUACGGUGCUGGAGAACCAUCAUGCCGCCAUCACUUUCAAGCUAACUUUAGGCGACGAUAAGAUCAACAUAUUUAAGAACCUGGACAAGGAAACAUACAAAUCGGCGCGCAGCACCAUUAUUGACAUGAUAUUGGCCACCGAGAUGACGCGACACUUUGAGCACUUGGCCAAGUUUGUGAGCGUCUUUGGGGGCGAGGAGCCGCGCGAACAUAACCCACAGUCGGAUGAGGAGACAGCUAUACUCAUGCGCCGCAUGCUCAUCAAGGUGGCCGAUGUGAGCAACCCGGCCCGGCCCAUGCAGUUCUGCAUCGAGUGGGCGCGGCGCAUUGCCGAGGAGUACUUCAUGCAGACGGACGAGGAGAAGCAGCGGCAUUUGCCCAUCGUUAUGCCCAUGUUCGAUCGGGCCACAUGCAGCAUACCAAAGAGCCAGAUCGGUUUCAUCGAAUACAUCAUACAGGACAUGAUGCAUGCCUGGGAGAGCUUCAUUGACAUGCCCCAGCUCAUCACCUACAUGCAGAUCAACUACUCACAGUGGAAGAAGUACGACGAGCAGGGCGUGAACACAUUGGCCGAUGUUAUGGCCAUGCAGCCGCCGAUGGUAAAGCUGGCUAAUUCCAAAUAGCAUACGGCCUUCCGGAGAUUAUUCUCGGGUCUACUGAAGCCACUGCCGGCCCAGGCGCCGGGCACAUCCACAAUUGGCGAGAAUGAACUGGAGGAUGCGCUCUAGUGACGGCGCAGGCGUUCCGCCCGUGGCCCCACCUGGCGGCGCAGUUACUCUGCAUAAUCCUCUCAUUGUUGCUGUUGCCCCUCCACACACCUGGAUCCAGAUACAUGUCCAGAUCCAUUUCCGCUCCAUCUGUCAUACAUAUCUCGGAUUAACAGGAAGGCGUCGUAUGGGUACAGAGGAAGGGGCAGUGCUCCAGUGCUGCCACGCAGUCAACAACACACAAAGUGGUGCCAAGCGGUGUCGCAAAGCA